UGCCCACCACCAAAGACCCUCAAUUCCUUACUUGUUCACCAAAAAUUCCUCUAAUCAUUAAUCUCCUGCCUCUUUCAACAAUCCAAGAAUAACACCCUCUUUCUAUCUCUAUAUAUAUACAUAUAUCAUGUUCCCUGCUAUGCUCAUUUGCUUUCAACUUAUAAGUACUUGUUACACACAUUCUACUGACUGCACUUGUUGUUCUGGUCCGCCAUGGCCGCCCCUCCGAGGUCAUUUUCCCGGAGAAUGACACGUAACCCUACCAUGAUUGAUCCUGGUUCCGAGGUUGUGGAUAGUGAGCUGGUGCCUUCGUCUCUCGCCUCCAUUGCGCCUAUUCUUCGCGUGGCCAAUGAAGUCGAAAAUGAUAACCCUAGGGUUGCUUAUUUGUGUCGCUUCCAUGCAUUUGAGAAGGCUCACCAUAUGGAUCCAAAAUCAAGUGGACGUGGUGUUAGGCAGUUCAAGACCUACCUGCUACAUAGACUUGAAAAGGAAGAAGAAGAGACACAGCCUCAACUUUCAAACAGUGACCCAAAAGAGAUUCAGAAAUAUUACCAGAGUUUUUAUGAGAAAAAUAUCAGAGAUGGACAAUUUACAAAGAAACCUGAGGAGAUGGCUAAGAUUUAUCAAAUUGCUUCUGUAUUGUAUGAUGUGUUAAAGACGGUUGUACCUGCUUCAAAAAUUGAUCCACAGACCCAAAGUUAUGCCAAAGAUGUUGAAGAGAAGAAAGAACAACAUGAGCAUUAUAACAUUCUUCCCUUGUACGCUGUUGCAGUUAAACCACCAAUCAUGGAACUCCCAGAGGUCAAAGCAGCCCUUCGAGCUUUACGCGAUGUCCAAAAUCUUCCGAUUCUCAGACCACUAGAUGAAGGACAUAGGUCUGUCAAUGAUAUUCUUGAAUGGCUUUCUUCUGUCUUUGGCUUUCAGAAAGGAAAUGUAGCGAAUCAGCGGGAGCACUUGAUACUUUUACUUGCCAAUAUUGACAUAAGGACUAAAGGGUUUGAGAAUUAUGAACAGCUGGAUAACAAUACAGUACAUCUUCUGAUGGAUAAAAUUUUCAAAAACUAUCGGUCUUGGUGUGCUUAUUUGCACCAUCCGGUAAAUAUAAUGUAUCCACAAGGUUCCGAUAGAAAACAACUAGAGCUUCUCUAUAUUGGGCUCUAUCUUCUUAUUUGGGGUGAAGCAUCAAAUAUUCGAUUCAUGCCGGAAUGCAUAUGCUAUAUUUUCCAUAAGAUGUCGGACGAGAUCAAUGGAAUUCUAUUUAGCAAUGUUCAACCGGUAAGCGGAGGUGCAUAUCAAACGACAAUGCGUGGUGAAGAAUCCUUUCUUCAAAAUGUUGUGACGCCGAUAUAUGAAGUCUUGCUUAAGGAAGUCAGGAGACAUAAUAACGGUAAAGCAAGCCAUUCAGCAUGGAGAAACUAUGAUGAUCUGAAUGAAUAUUUCUGGACAGACAAAUGUUUUAAGCUUGGAUGGCCUAUGGAUAUUAAAUCAGCUUUUUUUGUGCAUUCGGAAGAGAAAAGGCCUGAUGCUGCAGUAAAUGGACGUGAUCAGAUCAUUUCUGGAAAGAAAAAGCCAAAGACAAAUUUUGUUGAAGUACGAACAUUUUUGCAUUUAUAUAGAAGUUUUGAUCGGAUGUGGGUAUUUUUCAUAUUGUCACUUCAGGCUAUGGUAAUUAUUGCAUGGAACCAUAAUGGAUCCCUUGCUGUGAUCUUUGAGGAAGAAGUCUUUAAACACAUAUUGAGCAUUUUCAUUACUCUCGCUCUCUUAAAUUUUCUGCAAGCAACUCUGGAUAUAAUCCUUAGUUUCAAUGCCUGGGGGAGCUUGAAGUGGACUCAGAUCUUCCGCUACAUUCUGAAAUUCUUUGUUGCUGCCUUCUGGGCUGCUCUACUGUCAAUUACUUAUGCGAGAUCAUUUCAGAAUCCAACAGGAAUUAUAAAAUUUUUCAGUACCAUAGGAGGCAAUUGGCGGGACCAGUCAUUGUUUAGCUUUUGUGUUGUGAUAUAUUUGAUUCCCAACUUUUUGGCUGUCUUGCUUUUUGUGCUUCCUCCUUUACGAAGAUCAAUGGAGCGUUCAAACUGGCGUAUAAUUAGUCUUCUUAUGUGGUGGGCUCAGCCGAAGCUGUUUGUUGGAAGAGGCAUGCAUGAAGACAUGGUUUCCCUCUUUAAGUACACACUAUUCUGGAUUACACUGCUAAUAAGCAAACUAGCAUUCAGCUAUUAUGUGGAGAUCCUUCCCCUGGUUGCACCUACAAAGGUGAUAAUGAAAGUGAAAGUCAGUAACUAUGAAUGGCACGAGUUCUUUCCGAAAGGAACUCGCAAUAUUGGUGUUGUCAUUGUUAUAUGGACUCCAGUUGUCAUGGUCUAUUUCAUGGACACUCAGAUAUGGUAUUCUAUUUUCGCCACCAUUGUUGGUGGGAUCAAUGGAGCUUUCAGCCACCUGGGUGAGGUUCGGACACUUGGAAUGCUGCGGUCUCGAUUUGAAUCCGUUCAUUCAGCCUUCCGUCAGCGUCUUCUUCCAUAUUCUAAAGAGAUGGUUAGGAAAGAGCAUAUGGAUGAUCCAAUGGGGAAAAAGAACUCAGCCAAAUUCGCCCAGGUGUGGAAUGAAUUUAUUUUCUCUAUGAGGAUGGAGGAUCUGGUUAGCAAUAGAGAGAAGGACCUUCUUCUAGUGCCGUAUUCAUCCACUACCACAGUCUCUGUUGUGCAGUGGCCUCCUUUUUUGCUAGCUAGCAAGAUUCCGAUUGCACUAGACAUGGCAAAUAAUUUUAAGAGGAAAGAUGAUGCUGAAUUGUUUAGGAAGAUUACUGCUGAUGAUUAUAUGCGUUCAGCUGUGAUUGAAUGCUAUGAAACACUCGGGGAGGUACUAUAUGGAUUUCUUGAAGAUGAAGAGGAGAAAAUGAUUAUUAGGCAGAUUUGCCGUGAAGUAGAUGUUAGCAUACAACAGAGAAAAUUUCUAAGUGAAUUCCGGAUGAGUGGUUUGCCUCUACUUAAUAACAAGCUGGAGAAGUUCUUAGAGCUCUUGCUAAAAGAUUAUGAUGAUGAAGAGUCAUACAGAUCCACAGUUAUUAACAUUCUCCAAGAUAUUAUGGAGAUUAUCACCCAGGAUGUUAUGAAUAAUGGGCAUGAAAUUCUUGAGAAGUCUCAUCAAAUUGACACACAUAAUGAACAUGAUAAAAAGCAGAAGUUUGAACGGAUAAAUAUUCAUCUUGCUAAGAAUCCAACCUGGAGAGAGAAGGUUGUGAGGCUUCAUUUGCUUCUCACAGUUAAGGAAUCUGCAAUAAAUGUGCCUAUGAAUUUGGAUGCACGUCGACGCAUAACCUUUUUUGCAAAUUCCUUGUACAUGAAGAUGCCAAACGCUCCAACAGUUCGUGCAAUGCUCUCUUUUAGUGUUUUGACUCCAUAUUUUAAAGAAGAUGUUCUUUAUUCGGAGAAGAAGCUCAACCUGGAAAAUGAGGAUGGAAUAACAACUUUAUUUUACCUGCAAAAGAUAUAUCCAGAUGAAUGGAACAACUUUGAAGAGCGGAUGGAGGAUCCAAAAUUUAACAAAGACAGGAUUGAAUCCAUACGCCAGUGGGUUUCAUAUAGGGCUCAAACACUUUCUAGAACAGUAAGAGGGAUGAUGUACUAUAAGGAUGCUCUUAGACUUCAGUGCUUCCUGGAUUAUGCUGAAGAUGAUGCUAUCUUUGGUGGCUACCAGACGAUGGAUAUGAAUAAGGACCACAAAAAUCUCAUGGACCGUGCGCAGGCAUUGGCAGAUUUAAAGUUUACCUAUGUUGUUUCAUGUCAGGUCUAUGGUGCACAGAAAAAAUCCAGCGAUCUUGAAGAUCAGAAUAGUGCAGCCAACAUUUUAAAUCUCAUGCUAACGUAUCCAUCGCUACGUGUUGCUUAUAUUGAUGAAAGAGAGGAAACUCACGACGGAAAAAAGGUUUAUUACUCUGUUCUAGUCAAGGGAGGAGAGAAGUUAGAUGAGGAAAUCUAUCGCAUCAAACUUCCUGGUUCGCCUACUGAUAUUGGUGAAGGGAAGCCUGAAAAUCAAAACCAUGCAAUCAUUUUUACACGUGGAGAAGCCUUGCAAGCCAUUGACAUGAAUCAGGAUAACUAUUUCGAGGAAGCUUUUAAAAUGAGAAAUGUAUUGGAGGAAUUUCAUAAAACUCAUCAUGGACAAAGAACACCAACAAUAUUGGGAUUGAGAGAGCAUAUAUUUACUGGAAGUGUUUCAUCUCUGGCUUGGUUCAUGUCCAAUCAGGAAACUAGUUUUGUAACUAUUGGCCAAAGAGUAUUGGCAGACCCACUAAGAGUACGAUUCCAUUAUGGACAUCCUGAUAUAUUCGACAGAAUAUUUCAUAUAACAAGGGGUGGCAUAAGCAAAGCUUCAAAAAAAGUUAACUUAAGUGAGGAUAUAUUUUCAGGUUACAAUUCCAUUCUGCGAGGUGGAUACAUAACACAUCACGAAUAUAUACAAGUUGGCAAGGGCCGUGAUGUGGGGAUGAAUCAAAUCUCCCUUUUUGAGGCUAAGGUUGCAGGUGGGAACGGCGAGCAGACGCUUAGCCGUGAUGUGUAUAGACUUGGACGACGGUUCGACUUUUAUAGGAUGCUGUCCUUCUACUUUACCACAGUUGGCUUCUACUUUAGCAGUAUGGUAACCGUGCUUAUUGUUUAUGUAUUUCUAUAUGGGCGCCUAUAUUUGGUUUUAAGUGGGCUGGAAAAGAGAAUAAUAGAUGAUCCAAAUCUUCAUGUAAGCAAGUCCCUGGAAGAUGCUCUGGCUCCUCAGUCUGUGUAUCAGCUAGGUUUGUUGCUUGUACUGCCUAUGGUUAUGGAAAUUGGUCUUGAAAGAGGAUUUGGCACCGCGGUGGGUGAUUUUAUAGUUAUGCAACUUCAACUGGCAAGUGUCUUCUUCACAUUCCAGCUUGGGACAAAAGCCCACUACUAUGGUAGAACUAUUCUUCAUGGAGGCUCUAAAUACAGAGCUACGGGCCGUGGAUUUGUUGUUUUCCAUGCAAAAUUUGCUGAAAAUUACAGGCUGUACUCACGUAGCCAUUUUGUGAAAGGAUUGGAGAUGGUUAUUCUCUUGAUUGUAUAUCAAGUAUAUGGGGAAUCAUAUCGUAAUUCAAGUCUGAACAUGUUUGUCACUCUAUCAGUAUGGUUUUUAGCUGUUUCCUGGUUGUUUGCUCCUUUUGUGUUCAAUCCUUCAGGAUUUGACUGGCAGAAAACGGUGGAUGAUUGGACGGACUGGAAAAGGUGGAUGGGAAAUCGUGGUGGUAUUGGUAUAUCACCUGACAAAAGUUGGGAGUCCUGGUGGGAUGACGAACAAGAACAUUUAAAACACACAAGCAUAAGGGGUAGAGUGCUUGAGAUAAUCCUUGCUCUCCGCUUUUUCGUUUAUCAAUAUGGAAUUGUGUAUCACCUUGACAUAGCUCAUGAAGAUAAGGAUUUAAUGGUGUAUGGCCUCUCUUGGUUUGUCAUGGCAACAAUACUUCUGGUCUUAAAGCUAUUAUCGAUGGGCAGACGAAAAUUUGGUACCGAUUUUCAGCUCAUGUUCAGGAUUGUAAAGGUGCUUCUGUUCUUUGGCUUCGUCACAGUCACAGUUAUCUUGUUUCUAGUAUUGGGUCUUACUGUCAGUGAUUUAUUUGCCGCUAUCCUUGCCUUCGCACCCACAGGGUGGGCUAUUAUCCUGAUUGGCCAGGCAUGCAAACCCUGUUUGAGGCGUAUAGGAUUGUGGAAAUCGAUAAUGGAGUUGGCAAGAGCAUAUGAAUGUGCGAUGUCAGUGUUAAUAUUUAUGCCUAUAGUUGUUUUAUCGUGGUUCCCAUUUGUCUCGGAAUUCCAAAUAAGGUUGCUCUUUAAUCAAGCUUUUAGUAGAGGUCUCCAUAUUUCCAUGAUUCUGGCAGGAAAGAAAGACGGAGACAAAAAAUCAUCCAAUUGAACUUUGUAGUUGAUAAUUAUCAUCCAUAAUAUUAAUCAAUAAUCUGUACAUUUAUGCA